AUGACAGCUCCCCUGAGUGACGAUCGCCAUCCGCGCGAAUCCCACCGCCGCGUUACUCCACCUUCUGUUUCAUCCUCGAGUCCUUGGGAUCGACCACCGAGAAUAAGCGAUCCCGAGGGAUUGCCUGAGAGUACAGGGACCGCAGCCGUCGCCGCGGACGACGCCGAUAGUAUCGCUGCUGACGGACCUCGUCCACUGUCCUGCUUAGCAUCUAACCUCGACCCCAAAGCUCUGACCAGUCGCUCCGGGAACAGAGACCGCGUACCACCGCCUCCUCCCAAAAGCCAUCAUGGGAAAUUGAUUAGUCUCAAUUCGAGCAGAGGGCUUCCCACCUCGCAAACGACGCCGGGCCGGGUUGUAAACCGUGCCUCAUACUACCAUGCCUCCUCCUCCUCCUCCUCCUCCUCCCCAGGGCCGUCCCUUGCACGUCAAGGAUCGCACUCGAGCCUGGAGGACUUCUCCUGCCUGGCAACGAGCCAAGCUGUCGUCGUCCCCUCGACGGAUGCUCUCCGGCGGAGUCAGUCGCAGUAUAAACGCCCUCCGACCCCCCCGCUGAGUCGACGACAUAGCCAGAUGCGAAGAUCCAAGUCCACCCUUGCGAAACCCAUCUCGUCUCAGCUUGCGGCACCACCUGUCCAGGCGGAAGCUACCGUAUCAACCCCGCCAAGUCCGCGCCUGAGACCAUUGACUCCCUCGCGGAGUCGAGAGUCUAGGCUGGAUGCAACAUUCCCCGAGGAGUCUAGCUCGACCUCCACGGUGCGCUCUGAGAUUGCUACGCCCUCGAUCCCAUCCACCGAGGGCUCCCCCAGCCUGGCAAGCCCUCGACUGGUAUCCAAGCGAGCGUCAUUAGCCAACAACAACCCACUGCCACCCCCUCCGCCUCCACGCCGUACCAGAGGCACCAGUAACCACAGCAAUGAAAGUACCCGUCCUGCUAGCAUACGCUCCGAGCAACGUGCCGAUGGCGUGGAGAAUUUUGUUCCGCAUCCCUCGAAUGCGAAGGAUAUUCUGGCGGAUUUGUCGCGUCUACAGAAAGAGGUCGAUGACCUUCGGGGGCACUAUGAGAAUCGAAAGGCGAAUUAG